AUGCGCCAACCACCAAAACCGCAAGAAACGCCCAAAAGCAACGAGCGCAACGAGUACAUCCCCUCCUUCAUCGCCAAAAAGCCCUUCUACAUCGACGAUGCCACCCAGAGCCAGGAUGACUACCUGGAGCAUCAGCGGCUGCAGUCGCAGAAGAAUUACGACCCCCUCGCGACGGCGAAAUGGUACGACCGCGGCAAGACGGUCGGCGAGCGCGCGACCAAGUAUCGCAAGGGUGCUUGCGAGAACUGCGGAUCGAUGAGCCAUAAAGAGAAGGACUGUUUGCAGCGGAAACGGAAGCAUGGCGCCAAGUGGACAGGCCGGGAUAUCGCGGCGGACGAGUCGGUGCAGGAUGUGAAGUUGGGCUGGGAUGCGAAGCGCGAUCGGUGGAAUGGGUACGAAGCGAGCGAGUACCGCGAAGUCGUGGAGGAGUACCAGGCGGUGGAGGAGAUGAAGAGGCAAGCGGCGGGCGAGACGGCGGAGAACGAGGAGGGCGCAAAGUACGAGGAGGAAACGGACAUGGGCCGGCAGCAGUCUACUUCGACGCGGAACUUGCGCUUGCGAGAAGACACGGCGAAAUACCUCCUCAAUCUCGAUCUGGAGAGUGCAAAGUACGACCCGAAGACUCGCAGUAUGCUGGAUACGGAGACGAGCACCAACGAGCUGAUUGCCGAAGACGGCUUCCAACGCGCUUCGGGCGAUGCGGCGGAAUUCGAGCGGGCGCAGACGUAUGCGUGGGAAACGCAGGAACGAGGGGAUGGAGAUAAAAUCCAUUUGCAAGCCAAUCCGACUGAGGCGCUGCUCAUACGGAAGCGUAAAGCGGAAGAAGAUCUCGAGAAGAAGGCCGCGCAAAAGAAAGCUUUGCUGGAUGCUUACGGAUCACAAGACACCGUGGCGAAGCCCAACCCGCUAAAGGGUGCAGGAGUCACGAGUAACGAAACAUACGUCGAAUACGACGAAAGAGGCAAGAUCAAGGGUGUGCCGGAGAAGAAGGAGAAGAGCAUGUACGCCGAAGACGUGCUCAUCAACAACCACACGGCCGUCUGGGGCAGCUGGUGGCGCGAUUUCAAAUGGGGCUACGCCUGCUGUCACAGCAUCGUGAAGAACUCCUUCUGCACGGGCGAGGAGGGCAAAGCAGCGGCCGAAGAGGCCGAGAGAUUCUCCAAGGGCAUAUUGCUGCCCUCGGCCGAGGAUGCCGACAACGCCACUACUGUUUCGCGAGCGCAGGCGCAGGCGGAAGAGGCUGCGGAGGACAGACACGUGCCGAAUGGGGUGGAUCGGGCGGAGAAGCAGAGUAUGGAUGAGAGCAGACGGCGGCUGGAGGAGAUGAAGGCCGGGGUGACGGAGGAGACGAUGGAGAAGUAUCGCAAGGAGAGGACGAGCAAGAGCGAUCCGAUGGCGCAGCUACUGGGGAAAGACGAAUUGCUUGAGGGAUGA